AUGACCACUAAAAUUAUGGAAGAUGGGGACACCUUCGGGCAAGAGAUUGAAGUCUUGGUGGAAGUAUCUCCAGAGCUCAUCCGACAAGUAUGGUCCAAAUUCCCCGAGGCGGCGUUCCCCUUGGACACCAGCACCUUCUACCAGCUCUGGGACUUGAAAGCAAAGGAGAUUAAAGCCAAAAUCGAAGGAACGGGGUUGCAAAAUGUCAUCCUCCAGGGGCCAGAAGACAGGACGAAGGACAAGGCUGUCGAGUACGGCAAUUGGCAAAUCACCCAUGAUAACACAAUUGACAAUCACAAGGUGCAAGAAGGCGUCUACACAGACCAUAGCGACCACGAACACAAGAUCCGCUGGAUCGGUGUCGAGAUCAAGACUCCUAUUUUCCACUACUUCAACGACGAUUGGAGGGGACAGAUCGACAAGGUUUGGAGUGUGCUGGACUCCAUAAGAAUGCCCCAUGUCCAACUCUACAAAGAUUGUGACACCCACGUCCACUACUCUCGAAAGUCAUGGUCAGGGGGAGAAUCGCGGGACGUGGAUAUGAAGAAAGAGGGCCCCGUGAUGCCCCUCAGACAGUUGCAACCUCUGGCUUUUUUCGCUCACUACAUCCAACCAGCUUUCAACGAUCUCGUGGUUGAAGGCUGGCGGGACAGCAUCUACUCGAAGCCGAACACACUCGUUACCGACGUCAACACCGGAGCGACUUUGCCGGAUUUUUCAGACUUUCAGGCGUGCUGGAACACGAUUAGCGGCACAAAAAGCACCAGGGAACUUUACGAGAUGGUUUGUUGGGAGGAUAGCGACUACCGACGAAGAGAGAACAUCAUCACGAAGCAUUGGAAGUGGAACUUCAAAGGCCUCAGGUGGCAAACGAUUGAGUUCCGCCAAAUGCCACCUAGCCUCAAUUCGAAAGAUUCUCAGAUCUGGGUCGACUACACCGUCGCUUGUAUACGAAAGGGCAUGUCCAUCGACUGCGAGGCGCUUGACCGCUGUGCCAAUACCGCCGCGAUCAACCAGUACUUCGGGCUGAACAAAUCUCCCCACCGCAAGGAAGACUUGGAGGUCUUGUUCGCGGAUCAGGGUCUUAAUGACUCCUUCUGGAAAGGACUGUAUUCUCGCAUGACCGCGCUGAAGGAUUUGCCAAUGCCACAGCAGAAUACGCAAAAGAAGUCUGACGAACAGAGAGGGGUCUUGUAG